AUGUCCCAACAGGGCUCUUCAAAUUCCGGAGGAGUUACUCCACAAAAUCAACAACAACAACAACAACCCUCGUCAUCGGCUUCGUCAACGCACGCGACUGACCCCAAUAUAAUCGCCAAACACUAUAAAAUCGACAAGAAGAUUGGAGAAGGAUCGUUUGGUAUCAUCUUCAAAGGCUACGAUAUACGAAACCACAACCUACCCGUUGCCAUCAAGUUUGAGUCUCGCAAGUCCGAGGCUCCCCAGCUCAAAGACGAGUUUAAGGCCUACACCAUUUUGAACACGAGUGUGGACAGCAGUCUGAAGAAUCAUGAAGCUCAAUCCCAGUUUUUGUCGCUAUCCGGGAUUCCAAAGCUAUACUACUAUGGCCAGGAGGGCUACUAUAAUAUUCUGAUUAUCCAGCUUUUGGGGCCGUCGCUCGAAGAUCUGUUUGAUUGGUGCGGGAGACGCUUUUCGCCGAAAACGGUAGCUCAGGUGGCCAAACAGAUGAUCUGUCGUAUCCAGUUUGUGCACGAGAACAAUCUGAUAUACAGAGACAUCAAGCCGGACAACUUCCUCGUUGGUGAUAACGACAAUAUCAUCUACCUCGUGGACUUUGGAAUGAUUAAACAGUACAGAAAUCCGGUCACGAAGGCUCAUAUCCCGUACAGAGAGAAGAAGUCCUUGAGUGGAACGGCACGGUAUAUGUCGAUAAACACGCAUUUGGGAAGGGAACAAUCACGCAGAGACGACCUGGAGUCGCUCGGCCACGUGUUUCUCUAUUUUCUGAAAGGUGAGCUACCAUGGCAAGGGCUCAAGGCACCUUCGAAUAAGCUAAAAUAUGAGAAAAUUGGAGAGAAAAAACGGUCUACUGGUAUAGAGGAUCUUUGUGCCGGAUUGCCACACCAAUUUGCGAACUAUCUGAAAUACGUACGUGGGCUUCGCUUUGAUGAAACCCCAGAUUACAGGUACUUGACUGACUUGAUGGACGAAGUCCUAACUGAUCUUGGCACUACUGAUGACGGCAACUAUGACUGGAUGCAACUCAACAAUGGCAAAGGCUGGAACUGGCAGACUAACAAAAAGACAAAUCUCAACGGUUACGGCUCCAACAAUGCACAGAACAACCAGAACCAGCCCCAGAACCAAAAAUACCCAAAACGUCAUUCGCGGUCCCACAGACCGGGGUCUCCGGGCGCAGGAAGCCAGGGGAGACAGCAGCAGCUCAUGUCGUCUAAUUACGUGCAAUACGGUGCCUCCGGUAACUCAAGGCCGAGUGCAAACCCGGGCGCUCCGGGCAUGAAUCCAGUGAACGAUAGGGGGCGGAUUAACUACGAGGACGAAGAUGACAGUGCCAGUCGGGGAUUUUUCCAGAGGGUUUUCUGCUGUUGCUUGUAA